CAGCGCGCACACACGAGGAGGGUUGAGUCGCCGCCGCCGCCGUCGUCGCCGCUGUCGCCGUCGCGAGUGCGGAGUCGGGACUUGAGCUGCCCCCGCGACGACGCCGGGAAUUGUGCCGCUAGCCCCCGGCCCUUCUGCCUUGCCGCUUUCCUGGGUCAGCGAGGCCUGCUCCUCCCCAGCCCGUCGCCCCCGCCUCCAUUUCCCGCCCUCUCUUCACCACACACACGGCCCCCCCGAUCAUGGAUCCCGGCAGUGGUGGCGGUGGCGGCGGCGGCGGCGGCGGCGGGAGCAGCAGCAGCAGCGACUCGGCGCCCGACUGCUGGGACCAGGCGGACAUGGAAGCCCCCGGGCCGGGCCCGUGCGGCGGCGCCGGCGGCCCCUUGGCGGCGGCGGCGGCCGAGGCCCAGCGUGAGCACCUCAGCGCGGCCUUCAGCCGGCAACUCAACGUCAACGCCAAGCCCUUCGUGCCCAACGUCCACGCCGCCGAGUUCGUGCCGUCCUUCCUGCGGGGCCCGUCUCAGUCGCCGGCAUCCCCAGCUGGCGCCGCCGCCAACAACCACGGAGCCGGCAGCGGCGCGGGAGGCCCUUCGGCACCUGUGGAGUCUUCUCAAGAGGAACAGUCAUUGUUGUGUGAAGGUUCAAAUUCAGCUGUUAGCAUGGAACUUUCAGAACCUAUUGUAGAAAAUGGGGAGACAGAGAUGUCCCCAGAAGAAUCAUGGGAGCACAAAGAAGAAAUAAGUGAAGCCGAGCCAGAUGGUGGUUCCUUGGGAGAUGGAAGGCCCACAGAGGAAAGUGCCCAGGAAAUGAUGGAGGAGGAAGAGGAAAUACCAAAACCUAAAUCUGUGGUUGCACCGCCAGGUGCUCCCAAGAAAGAACACGUAAAUGUGGUAUUCAUUGGGCAUGUAGAUGCUGGCAAGUCAACCAUCGGAGGACAAAUAAUGUAUUUGACUGGAAUGGUUGACAAAAGGACACUUGAGAAAUAUGAAAGAGAAGCUAAAGAAAAAAACAGAGAAACCUGGUACUUAUCUUGGGCCUUAGACACAAAUCAGGAAGAAAGAGACAAGGGUAAAACAGUAGAAGUGGGUCGUGCCUAUUUUGAAACGGAUAAGAAGCAUUUUACAAUUCUAGAUGCCCCUGGCCACAAGAGUUUUGUCCCAAAUAUGAUUGGUGGUGCUUCUCAAGCUGAUUUGGCUGUACUGGUAAUCUCUGCCAGGAAAGGAGAGUUUGAAACUGGAUUUGAAAAAGGAGGACAGACAAGAGAACAUGCAAUGUUGGCAAAGACAGCAGGUGUAAAACACUUAAUUGUGCUUAUUAACAAGAUGGAUGAUCCAACAGUAAAUUGGAGCAAUGAGAGAUAUGAAGAAUGUAAAGAGAAACUGGUGCCGUUUUUGAAAAAAGUUGGCUUUAAUCCCAAAAAGGACAUCCACUUCAUGCCAUGCUCAGGACUGACAGGAGCAAACCUUAAGGAGCAGUCAGAUUUCUGCCCUUGGUACAUUGGAUUACCAUUUAUUCCAUAUCUGGAUAAUUUGCCAAACUUCAAUAGAUCAGUUGAUGGACCAAUCAGGCUGCCAAUUGUGGAUAAGUACAAGGAUAUGGGCACUGUGGUCCUGGGAAAGCUGGAAUCAGGAUCUAUUUGUAAAGGCCAGCAGCUUGUGAUGAUGCCAAACAAGCACAAUGUGGAAGUCCUUGGAAUCCUUUCCGAUGAUGUGGAAACCGAUUCUGUAGCCCCAGGUGAAAACCUCAAAAUCAGGCUGAAAGGAAUUGAAGAGGAGGAGAUUCUUCCAGGGUUCAUACUUUGUGAUCCUAAUAAUCUUUGUCAUUCUGGUCGCACAUUUGAUGCCCAGAUAGUGAUUAUAGAGCACAAGUCCAUCAUCUGCCCAGGUUAUAAUGCGGUGCUGCAUAUCCAUACCUGUAUUGAAGAAGUCGAAAUAACAGCCUUAAUCUGCUUGGUAGACAAGAAAUCAGGAGAAAAGAGUAAGACUCGACCCCGUUUCGUGAAACAGGAUCAAGUGUGCAUUGCCCGCUUGAGGACAGCAGGAACUAUCUGCCUUGAGACCUUUAAAGACUUCCCUCAGAUGGGUCGCUUUACUUUAAGAGAUGAGGGUAAGACCAUUGCAAUUGGAAAAGUUCUGAAACUGGUUCCAGAGAAAGACUAAGCAUUUUCUUGAUGACCCUGCACAAUACUGUGAGGAAAAUUGACUGCAAAAGCCUACUUCACACCGCCUUCUCUUAUUUUCUGCCCAUUGACAAACCUCUCCCCAUAUUUUGCAAAGACAAAAUUCACAGCAAAAGUCCACAUUAUGUCAGCUUUCUCAUAUUGAGAGCUCUGCUAUGCCACUGUUGAAUUUUUCCCAAGAUUUUUUUUCUUCCCCUCUCAAACUCUGCUUCCUUGGACAGAUUUGGCAAUAGCUUUGUAAGUGAUGUGGACAUAAUCGCCUACAAUAAUGAAAAACCUACCAGGAAUUUUUUUAUUUUUCAUUUCCCCUUAGGCAUACCUAGUCUUUUUUUUCUCCCAGGCAGAUCAUUCUGAGUGUGCGAGUGUGUGUGCACAUGUUACAAAGACAACUACCAUGUUAAUAAAAUAUUCAAUUUGAAACCCUUUUUGGUAUUUGAAUUGCUUUUGAAUACUGUUUUUUAUCUGGAUGUAACAUUGUUGCAUUAUUAGCUUUUUAACUUUACCAAGUAAUCGAGUACAUUACUUGGACUUUUCUAAACUCUUUCCCUCUCCACUACUUAAAUGAGGCACUUACAAACCAUGUUCGAGUUUGUAUUAAAAGAAAGAAUUAGAUGGACCCCUUCUUUUGAUGGUUAAUGCAUACAUAUAAUAUCUUUAUGCAACUAUGACACUGCUUUAUUAGGUCACUCAGUUAUUUUCUGCCAAUUGAUAUUUUAACAUGGUUUCUUAAACAAAGUAAGUGGUUUUAAAACACAGGAACAGCAUACUGUAGUUUUUAGAAGUAUAAAGCAUAAUGAAAUUUUACCCCUACAAAAAUUUCCAUUAACUUGUUAAAUUAGUGGAAUUUACAAUAAAGACAGCAUGUUGAGACCUGGCAAAAAUGCCUCCUUUAGUAUUUAUAAGAGCUGCAUGCAACUAGUAUGAAAACCGUAUCAAUUACAAGUGCCGGUUCUACAAAUUACUCAGUUUAUUUAUUGUUUAAAGGCUGGAUGACCCUUGCUGGUUAAAGCUAAGUCUCACCCAGUAACUAGAUGAACACAUAUUUAGAGCCAUCAGAACCUGCACAGACUAAAGUUAACAGUGACAAGUCGAAUCAAGCACAGUAUGUUUUUCUCAAUUACUCAAAAUUGUUUUCUUAAAUAUAUGCUGAAAUUUGCUAAAUUAUGAUUUGGAUGGCCCAGAGUGCAGCAUUGUGGUGAUUUUUAGGUUGAAUCCUGACCUUCUGCUACAACUGCCAUGAUUUUGAAAUUUUUAAUGAGAAUAAAUGGGAAAUGGGAGGGAUACUUUCAGGGAUUCUUUCUGGGUUUAUUGGAAGCCCCACCUUGAUUUUGAGUGUUGCCAUUUAUGGAACACUUAGCCUCUUUUAGAUUGGCUUAAUCUCUAAAUAAGAUACUUUGUAAUUGUGUAUCUAAUGACAUGUCCCUUCCCUGUAGUAUUCCUGCCUCAGAAAAGAAAAGCCUCCUCUAUUUCCAGCCACAAAACAUAAAAAUUAAAUCUAAUCAUGUUUUCUUAACUGUAAAAUUCCCCUUCAUUUCAUGAAUGAGGCUACAUCUUAUGGACAGAGCACAGUUACGGUCCUGCAGUUUCCUAUAACUAUACUCAUGGCUAUUAAAGUUGCAUGAAAUUUAAGUUAUACUAUGUUUGCAAAUCUGGGCUUUAGUUUUCUGGAGUAUGUGGAGCUUUAAUCAGUACAUUAUAACUUUUUAUACUACCAAGUUAAGAAGAACAAAAUACUAGCAAUUGCUUGGAUUUUAAUGAAUCUUUAAAAGCUCAAGAGUCACUGAAAUAUUUCCAGAGAUAUAUUUCCAUUUUUAAAUUGAACACAUUUUUUUUUAAAAGUUAUGUUUGCUAUUAAAACAGUUACACUUUUAGAAUAUUAUGUGCAUGUUGCCAAGACUCAAAAUGACUUGGAUAUCAACUGUGAAGGGCCUACCUCUAAAAAAAUAGAAUAAAUAUAAUUAUGAAAUAAAACUUUUGAUGGAUUCUUGCACAUUUAUGCAAGUAAGAUUAUUUAGAAGAAACCUCACUGUUAAAUUAACCAACACCAUACAUUUUUGUGGGCUUUGAAGUUCUGUGGGAAGAAUGCUUACUUGAUGCAUUUUAAAAUCUUCACUACACUGCCUGGUUGCUUGGACAGGCAGAUGUGUCUGAAGUGAACUAGCAGUGUGGGGAGAUGUUAGACCUAUGAAAAGCAAUAUACAGAUUCCUAUGCUGUCAUUUUGUCUUCUGCAAGUGUGUUUAUAUUGUUGACAAUGCAAAAACAGGGUAAUUGGCUACAGACUUAGGAUAUUACAGACCUAAACAUUUUUCUUUUCUGUCUUUAGCAUAGAUAUGUUAGAAUCACAAUUUUCUUUGCAUCUUUUUACAUUAAUGAUGUUCUUUAUACAGCUUUCAUGUUAGAUUAUUUAAUCAUAGUUUUUUAAAUUAAUAAACUUAAGAUAAUUGAAAUAAACAUUAAAUAAUUGCCAUUUUUAAACCUUUUAUUUCUUACUAUGGGAGAAGGGGAGAUACAUUUCUUGUUUUUAACUUGCAAACAUAAUUCAUCCAGUGAAAAUCUAUGUAAAAUCAAACUAAAAGAGAUGGACUGAGUAUAUAAUGCUAUGAAAUUAAGUGACAAAUAGUAAGGUAUUCUUGAAUAAUUAAGCCCAUGUAUAUUUGUUUUGAAUUGAGUCUUGAAAUAUGUGAUAACUGAAUGUAAAAACUUUGUGAAUUGUAGAAGAAUAAGGUUAUUCACUGUAACAAGAGGUAGUUCAUACUUGUCUGCUAGUUACAUAAACUAUAAGAACUACUUUUACAAAAUAGGAUGGACUUUGAAUGUGAUGCAAUUGGCAGAUACUGGCAUCCUCAGCUGAAGUGCUACAGAUAUUGGGGGUCAUACGUUCAACCAGCUGCAGUUUUGCAACCCAAGAAAAAGGUGAACUUAUGCUUAACAACUGCUUUCAUGAUGAACUUUUGGGAAAAAAAAAUCAAGAAAACUCCCUGGCAAUCUUCAGAAACACUAGUUGUGACUGUAAUUACUCCGUGGUCUCUGAUGGCUGUUCCAUCUGACAGCACUCUAGCACCUUUCCUCAUUGACGUGGACUUCUUAGGCACUGCUGCUUCAUGGAUGACAGCUUCAUUGGUUUGCGUAGGAAAGUUUCUAUUACAGCUCUUAACAUCAAGCAACUUUCAGCUUUUAAAAACCCUUUGUGAAAAUUCUGGUAACAGCACUAUAGCGCUGACUGUAGAAUGAUUAAAUGUUCAGUGUUGGCCUAUCUUAUCAGAAUAAACUGUGCCAUUAAUCCUCUCACAGACAUACAUACGUAAUGUAGAUAGCAAUCAACAGAAUUUAGGGGACGAUUUUCUGUCUCCAAAUAACAUGGCUUAUAUUUCCUCCAGCUGAUUUUUUCCAUGAUUGUAGCAGAUGUCAUCUAACACGUUUACGAUCGUGUUUCUUUCCUCUAGAGAUCUUGCCAUGGCAGCAACUUAAGUAAAUAAAUGUACUUAACACGUGCACAACUCAAAGUCUAGUAGGUUUAAAUUUAGCAGUCAGUUGGUUAUAUUAGAUUUCAUAGUAAACGGAAUAGGAAGUGUUUUUAUUUCCCUGUAGUUCAGUGGAUUCCAUUUGAACCAAUGUACUGCCAAAUUUCAGAUAGGGUAAAUUUGGUUCAACUUAUGAUAGUUUUGGCUCUAGGAUAUUCUUAACUUUCAAUAUCCUAGGACAUAACUGAGUCUUCCUUCAGUAAAUACACUUUUCACAUACCUCUAAUCCUAUGCUUCCUUGAAACAGUAAUGUGCUAGCUGAGUUGUUUAUUAAGAAGUGUUUUAAGGGCAUGGAGGUGUGGGAAUGUUGGAGUGUUCUCCAAAAAAGGGAGAAGCAGAAAGGCACCAUGUCUGAUUAGGCAGAAAAUUGGGCAGGAUUUAAGUGACCCUCAGAAUGGUGGCAGUCUUUUCUGCCUUGUCACACAUGCCACUGUGCCCUUUACUACGUACCGUGGAAACCUCAGGUUUGUGGACAGCAAAGGCAGAAUGACAUUGUGCUUCCCAAGGCUCCCCUCUGCCAGGCACAUGAGCUUAGUGCUUGUCAGCCCAAGUCCCCGCUACCUCCUUGCCUGCUGCCCGGGAAGAGUGUCUGUGCCGGAGCUGGGGCUCCUGCAACCCCUCAGGCGACCAGACCACCCCCAUGCGUUAGGUGAGACAGGUCUGAGCCCAGGUCUGCGUUUUAAGGACUUAACAUUUGGCACACGUCCUCGUUAACUAGUUUCUUCUCUUUGUUCUAGAAGAAAUGUGGAUCUCUCUCAGGCCAUGAUUUAGUGACCAGUUUUCACUAGAUGGCAGGUUAAUACCUAGCUCUCCUUUCUUAAAAAACAGAAUUGAAGGGAACUGAUUAGGUUUGCUGGGUUUUUAACCUAAUUCCAAAGCAUGGCAGACUGCUCUAGGUAGGAAUUAUGGGAAUCCAAGGUAAAGAAACCUUUUUCUUAUGAUUCGUAGCUACCUACUGUGCCUGACUUGGUGCCUGUGUGAGGAUUAAGCCCUUAGUCUGCUCUUGCAAUUAUUCAAAUGACUGAAGUUUAAAAAUUUGCUUUUGUAAUAACAAUAAAAAUUGUCAUCUUCCCUUUUGAA